UACUAGUAUUGAGCUUGAUGCAAGUGGAAGGCGAGCACGAUGGCAGCAUGCGCGUGGUCUCUGGGCCGAUGGACGAGCGUUCGAUUGAGGAGCUCAGACGCAUCAAUAGUGACAUGCACAGGUUCACGCAAGAGGCCACAGCCUAUCGCGAGCUGUUCCGUGUGGGUAACCCUGUGGGCAUUUACGUGUCGGGAUGCCCUGCCCUCAUCAUCGCCGUGAUUGAAACCAAGGUGUUCACGUGGGAAGUGUGGAAGGAAUUGUGCCUUCUCAUCAUCAAAGAUGUCGAGAGCAGCGGAUCUCCAGUGCACGACCCUUCGGCUGCUGCAGGCGACUGCGACGUUGAAACCAACGUCCUCGAGUCCGACUGGAUCAAGGUCACGUUCAUCAACGACCAACUUGGCUUUCGAGGCAAGUAUAUCCUGAGACACUGCCUUGGCUAGCUAGCUCCUCCAAUGGUUUGGUAUUAACAUACUAGUUGGUACAACAACUAUAAUACCGUUGGGUUCCCGGGUCUUUUGCCACGGAUAUGUAUCACGUUGAGACGUUGGUAAGUAGAAGGCAUGGACAUUCGAGAUGCCGCUUUCUAAAUAUUGCACAAAAAUGAUCAAUUUCACUUGGCAUUAUAAAUUUACAUGAUUCAACGCGGCAAUGAAGAAAUCUCCAGCCAGAUUUAGUGCUGCAACCACG